AUAAAUAAUGCAGCGAUUAUACAUACACAUUGUUUGUUUGUGUGUGUCAGCUUCAACUUUUGUGUUAAGCGGAGGAGGAGGAGGAAGAAGAAUAGAAGAAUGACGGUGAAAGAUCAGAAAGGCGGCGGCGGCGACCGGAAGAUGUUUGUGGGUGUUGUGUGGAACUGCGCGGCGGAGUUGAAGCUUUUGCUCACUGCUCUCCUCUUCCUCUUUUGCAUCAUCACCGUUCUUCAGUUCAUUCCUUCUCCGCUCUCUCUUUCCACCGCCGAUCUCCGCAACUGCCUCUCCAAACCCGCCGCCGUGAAAACUAACUUACCGGUCUUGAAUGCCGCCUCGCUUCCGACGCCUCUGCAGCGGGACAGAGCCCUGGGGAACGGCGCCGUCAAACGGGGUUUCACCGGCAUUGGCUCCGCCGCCUACACCUUCAUUCUCAUGUCGGCGUACCGCGGCGGCUACAACACGUUUGCCGUAAUGGGUUUAGCCUCAAAGCCUCUCCAUGUUUUCGGAACUCCGAGUUACCGGUGUGAGUGGGUCCCGGCGGGUGAAUCCGAAGAUUCCGUUUUCACCCCCGGCCAGAGAAUCCUCCCAGACUGGGGAUACGGCCGCGUGUACACGGUGGUGGUGGUGAAUUGCACAUUCCCUGUUCCGGUCGGCGACGCCGACCACGGCGGCAAACUCCUAAUCCACGCCGCCACCAACGGCGGAGGCGAUUCCAUCUUCAACAUCACCGAUACAUUCGAGGCAUUAAUCGAAUCCCCCGGAGAUUUCGAAAAUUUUAGCUCUGUGUUCAAAUCUCCGCCCAAAUACGACUACUUGUACUGUGGAUCGCCCAUCUACGGCGAUUUGAGUCCACAGAGGAUACGAGAAUGGGUAGCCUACCAUGUCCGAUUAUUCGGCGAGAAGUCACAUUUCGUGAUCUACGACGCCGGCGGUGCCCACCCGGCGGUAAUGGAGGUUCUCCGGCCGUGGAUGGAGAAGGGCUACGUCACAUUACAAGACGUCAAGGAAGAAGAGCGAUUCGACGGGUAUUACCAUAACCAAUUCCUAAUCGUAAACGAUUGUCUUCACAGAUACAAAUUCCAGGCGAAAUGGAUGUUCUUCUUCGACGUCGACGAGUUCAUCUUCAUCCCCAAGAAAAACACGCUCAAAUCCGUCGUGGAUUCCCUCUCCCCUUUCACCCAGUUCACGAUCGAGCAAAUGCCGAUGUCCAAUAAGCUCUGCCUCAGGGAAGACGCCGGGAAAACUCACCGGAAAUGGGGGUUCGAGAAGCUGGUGUUCAAGGACUCCAAGACCGGGAUCCGGCGGGACCGGAAGUACGCGGUGCAGCCGAGGAAUGUGGCCGCCACCGGGGUCCACAUGUCGGAGAACGCCGCCGGGAACACCACCCACAAGACGGAGGGGCGCAUCAUGUAUUACCAUUACCACGGCACCAUCGCCCAGCGCCGGGAGCCGUGCCGCCAGCUCGUCAACGACACGCGUCUCGCCGUUGACGGAAUCUCCUACGUUGUGGACCCCACGAUGCGUGACGUCGCCGGAGCCGUGAAAAGAUUCGAACUCAAGACCAUCGGACCCGUGCUACAAAGAACUCGCCAAUAAUAAUAAUUAAAUUAAAUAAUGUUAAUAAUUAGUGCAGUAAUUAUAAUUAUUAUCUCUAUUUUUUUUCCUUCUUUAAAAAAAAAAAAACUAUUUAUUUCAGUUUCAUGCACUCCAAUUCCAUUUACACCUUUCAUUACUCGUAUUUAUUAGUGUAUCACUUUUUUUUUUCGUUUAUUUUUAAAAUAAAUAAUAUAAUAUAAGUGGGUAUAGAUUAAU